GUUGGAUUACAUUGUUGUCAAGGUAAACAUCCAUAUUGCUCGGUAGGAAGCUGUUUGCAACUAAGCAAGACUGCCUAGCUAGAAGAUAAAAGAAGAGCAAACAUGAAUAAUGUUAGAACAUAUAACUCAUCUGUUCGAGUUGGAAAUUGGAAUGAAGAUAUCCAGUUAGAAGAGGAUGCUUUGAAAGAAUUUCUAGAAAAAAGAGAUAGAGGAGAGCUGCCAUCUCAGAAGCGCUCCAAACUGAAAGAUUUACUCUUCAAACCGGUUAGUCUGAGUAUAUCUAGAGAUGGCUAUGUCCACUACGGAGAUAUUGUGGCCUUGGAGUGUCUGGGAUCACAAGACCGAACCAACUAUACAAAUGAUGGACCACGCAGCACAUGCUUUUUGUCAACUACCCCCCAGGCUAGUAACCUCUUACAAAUGAACAAGCUGGAGGGUAAUUGUGAUGUUUCUGGGAGUACAACAUUGGAACCUAAUCUCCGUAGCUCGUUUGUCAUCACAGGAUGUGAACCCCACCAAACCAAAGGCGACAAGCUUUGCUAUGGUCAGGACUUUUUUCUGUGUACUUUGGAUGGCGAGGGUGGCAGUUUAUUUCUACAAAGUGACAGAGCAACACUACAGAAGUCUGCUCCCCAGUCUCGUCACCAGGCAGUGACAUAUGUCCCUAAACCAUCCGCUCUCACAAAAUGGAAGAUACUUUACUAUGAUCCACGGAUGAGGAUGGAGAAUGAAGGUCUUCCUGUACCAGCUAACAACAUAGUAAUCAUGAGCCACACAGUGACCAACCAAGACUUAGCAGUGGAGGAGAACUUCUUGAUGAGAACCCCAUUUGGACACAAAGAGUACGAAAUUUCUGCCAACACAUUUCUAGAUUCCCACCGAGCAGAGAAAGAUGUUAAUCGAUGGAUGAUAAUGAUGGGUGUUCCCGGAGACGAGAUUCGUCCAAUAGUACCCGACUGCAAAUAGCAUCAUCAUCGUAUCAUUGAGAAUGAGCAAAACAUUUAACAGUGAUCACUUUUACACAUCAAAAAAACUCUGGAAUACUUUAAUGAAGUGCAAAUCAGAAAAAACAACAAAUAUUACACAAGGAUGUUUCUCUGCUUUUAACAAAACAAGUGAUAAAUCUAAUGAGAAUAUAGGUUACCGAUAUGGAGUGAACUGAGACCUUAUGAGUGAAAAAUAAUUUUUCACCAAAUACAGUGUGGAUCAUGCACAAAGCCUUGCUGUAAAUUUUAGGAUUUUCAAAAAUCUAAAUGCCAAAUGAAAUGUUUGAAUUGAACUGAAUACCGACCUGUUUUAUGGUACAUAACCAGUAAGAGUUAACUUUAAUCCUUUGUAGAAAUAGAGAUUUGUAAAGAAGUAAGCAUGUCUCAGGUAUUGCAAUCAAUCACAAUUUAAAUUUUUUUUUAGAACACCUAAUGAGCAUUACAAAGGUUUCUAAAAACAUUGCUGAAAAUUUUCCAAAGAAUUACUGGUACUGAAAUAUUAUAACGAAACAUCGAUGUGAGGUAUUUUUGAUUGUAUGCCUGUUUUUAUGUCAUAUUCAUAUGUAAAUAUUUGUAAAAAUGUAAAUUAACAUAUAUAAAAAAACAUGAAUAUUCACUGUUUAUUUUGUUUUAAGUUUACUUGAGCCCAUCUGUCUCCAGAGGUUACGUUUCACUCUGCACCCCUGGUAUGUGUCAAUAUUGGCAAAAUCUAGCUAUUUGAUUAGUGUCAGAAAAAAAUAUUUGCCGAUUAAUUGAUACUAGCUUAUGCAUUUCUUUAGAAGCUUACAGAAGACUGACAACAAAAUUCAGUACUUGGUAUGACUAUCUCUAAAUUCAUUUGAUGUAUAUCAAAGGAUCGAUCCACCAUCCUUUUUGUUUUAUCCACAUGGUUGUAGUGGCUUAUUGGCCUUCUGAAUUUUGCCAUGAAAUAAGAGGUGCUGAGAGCGAAAGUGAACAUAACCCCUGGAGUAUCGAGGAUAAAUUGAGCCAUAUUACCUGUAACUCUUAAGUAUGUAUAUGAAAAAUCAGCGGUCACCAAUGAAAUCCAUGUGUUUUACCAAUGUUCUCACUGGAAAUGAUACAUUUACGCAUUGUAAACACCAGUCUUUUAUAUGUCCCUGGUACAAGUCACAUCAGAAAUUUGUUUACAUUACAGAAAAUAAAUGAGCAAAAGAUGAA